AUGGUCCUGGUCCACGUCGGCUAUCUCGUGCUUCCAGUGUUUGGCUCUGUGCGAAACAGAGGUGCCCCCUUUCAAAGGUCUCAGCAUCCUCACGCUACCUCCUGCCGCCACUUCCACCUGGGCCCCCCGCAGCCGCAGCAGCUCACGCCCGACUUCCCGCUGGCCCACCCGGUGCAGUCGCAGCCGGGCCUCAGCGCCCACAUGGCCCCGGCCCACCAGCACAGCGGCGCGCUGCACCAGUCCCUGACCCCGCUGCCCACCCUGCAGUUCCAGGACGUCACAGGUCCCUCCUUCCUACCUCAGGCCCUGCACCAGCAAUACCUCCUGCAGCAGCAGCUCCUGGAAGCUCAGCACCGCAGGCUCGUCUCGCACCCCAGGCGGAGUCAGGAGCGCGUGUCUGUCCACCCCCAUCGCCUCCACCCCAGUUUUGACUUCGGCCACCAACUGCAGACGCCUCAGCCCAGGUAUUUGGCUGAGGGCACUGACUGGGAUCUCAGUGUGGACACCGGCUUGAGUCCCGCUCAGUUCCAGGUGCGGCCUAUCCCUCAGCAUUAUCAGCAUUACCUAGCAACUCCUCGAAUGCACCACUUUCCCAGAAACUCCUCCUCCACACAGAUGGUUGUCCAUGAAAUCCGAAACUACCCUUACCCCCAGCUUCACUUCCUUGCUCUUCAAGGACUAAAUCCCAGCAGACACACAUCAGCUGUGCGGGAGAGCUAUGAGGAGCUGCUGCAGCUCGAGGACAGGUUGGGAAACGUGACUCGGGGAGCUGUUCAGAACACCAUUGAGAGGUUCACCUUCCCCCACAAGUACAAGAAGCGAAGACCCCAGGAUGGCAAGGGCAAGAAAGAAGAGGGAGAAGAGUCAGAUACAGAUGAGAAAUGCACAAUUUGUCUGUCUAUGCUGGAGGAUGGAGAAGAUGUGAGACGCCUACCCUGUAUGCAUCUCUUCCACCAACUGUGCGUGGACCAGUGGCUCGCCAUGAGCAAGAAAUGCCCCAUCUGCCGAGUGGACAUUGAGACACAACUGGGAGCCGACAGCUGAGGGAGGAGUUAGCCAGUGGACACCCCAUUUCCUUCACCAGGUCCCCCCACGGCCAUAGCCCUUGCAGCCAAACUUUGCCUUCUGAGCCAUUUGACGUAGAGGAGAAGCCUGCAAGCACAUUUCGUGGAAAGAGGAGUUGGUGGUAUCAGUGUCUGAGGGAGAGGAGGGGUGGGGGAGAACCCACCCUUCCAGAAUGGCGACUGCCCCAUCCGCCUUGCUGCACAGGAGGGAGGGAGCUGGCCGUGCCCAGAGCAGGGGCGGGAAGGGGGGGCCCAGCUGCUGAGAACUACAUGUGAUCCCGAGGGUACUAGCUGGUAGACCGGCCCCUCAAUCCUGUCCUUUGAAGGAUUGUGUAUAUACCUCUCGACCAUGUAGAAAUCAUGUAGGGGUCUCUAACUAUUUCUGUGGAUGGCAGCCGGAGCAUGUUAGCUUAAGAAAAAUGUCGUGUGUGGUGCUCUAGUCAUCUGUGGUGGACAUGUCGCUAUUACUGAACUUGCACCAAAUAUUUUUCAUUGAGUUUCUUGUUUUGGUGCCUGACCGAACCAACCAACGACAGCCCCAAUCUUCCCGUCUUUAUGAG